GGCGGCUGCGCGGGGCGGCUGGGUGGCGGGGCGUGAUGUCACCGGGCGCUCGGCCCCGCCCUCCCGCGGCUGCAGCUGCGGAGCCAGAGAGCGGGCACCAACACAGUCUGGGCUGAGAACGCAGCGUGCGCGGCCAUGGCCUCCGGCGCCUCGCUAAGCGGGCGCAGGGCGCGGGAGCAGCGGGAGGGCAGCCCCGGGCCCCCGCCCCCAGCGCUUGGCUGACCGGCUGCCCCCUCGUCUCGUCCCACAGAGGCGGACACUCGACAUAGGCUGCUGCGCACCGUCCAGAAGGAGGAGCAGAUAAGAAUGCUGAGGGAGACUCUAUAACCAGGCUUUCCGACAAACCUGGUCUUGAUGAUUCAUGGUCUACAUCAGCUAGCCAAGACUUCGAUUUUGGUACCAAGUGAGAGCAAAACGUGGCACUGUGAAACCAGAAGGUGGAACCUUAACUGAGGACAACAGUCCUGAUUCUGAAAAUAAAGAUAUGGCUGAAACUCUUUCCAAACCACCAGCCAGAGUUUAUGGCGAUCCUCUUCCUGUUUUACCAUCAUCUAAAUCUCUUCUGAAACCUUCUCUCAAGACGUUAGCUGUCCUUGGUCUUGCAAAGGUGAAGCAGAUCAUGGAGGAGGCAGUCACACGAAAGUUCGUCCACGAGGACAGCAGCCACAUCAUCUCCUUCUGUGCGGCUGUAGAGGCCUGCGUCCUGCAUGGGCUGCGGCGGCGGGCGGCUGGCUUUCUGCGCAGCAACAAGAUUGCAGCUCUCUUCAUGAAAGUGGGCAAGAACUUCCCACCGGCCGAAGAGCUGAGCCGCAAGGUGCAGGACCUGGAACAGCUGAUGGAGAGCGCAUGAGUGUGGAGCAUGGGGCGAAACCAGAUUCAGGGCCUCCAGGAGAAUGUGCGGAAGCUGCCGAAGCUGCCCAGCCUGUCCCCACUUGCCAUCAAGCACCUGUGGAUCCGCACUGCUUUGUUUGAGAAGGUCCUGGACAAAAUUGUGCAUUACCUGGUGGAAAACAGCAGUAAAUACUAUGAGAAGGAAGCCCUCCUGAUGGACCUGGUGGAUGGCCCCAUCCUUGCGUCUUUGUUGGUGGGGCCCUGUGCCCUGGAGUACACCAAGAUGAAGGCUGCCGAUCACUUCUGGACUGACCCCUCGGCCGACAAGCUUGUCCAGAGGCACCGCAUCCACAGCUCGCACCUGCGGCAGGACUCACCCACCAAGCGUCCAGCCCUCUGUAUCCAGAAGAGACAUUCAAGUGGCAGCAUGGACGACCGACCAUCCCUUUCUGCCCGUGACUAUGUUGAGUCCCUGCACCAGAACUCCCGGGCCACGUUCCUCUAUGGCAAGAACAACGUUCUGGUUCAGCCGAGGGAUGAUAUGGAGGCCGUGCCAGGGUACCUGUCUCUACACCAGACAGCUGACGUCAUGACCUUGAAAUGGACGCCUAACCAGCUGAUGAACGGGUCGAUGGGGGACAUGGACUAUGAGAAGAGCGUCUACUAGGACUAUGCUAUGACCAUCCGCCUGGAGGAGAUUGUAUACCUGCACUGCCACCAGCAAGUGGACAGUGGUGGGACAGUGGUGUUGGUCAGCCAGGACGGGAUCCAGAGGCCGCCGUUCCGCUUCCCCAAGGGGGGGCACCUCCUGCAGUUCCUCUCGUGCCUGGAAAAUGGGCUGCUCCCUCACGGGCAGCUGGACCCUCCACUCUGGUCUCAGCGGGGGAAGGGCAAAGUAUUUCCCAAACUGUGCAAGCGAAGCCCUCAGGGUUCUGCCGAGUCCACGUCUUCGGACAAGGAAGAUGAUGAGGCCACAGAUUACGUGUUCAGGAUCAUCUAUCCUGGCAUGCAGUCUGAAUUCGUUGCUCCCGACCGCUUGGGCAGCACUCCCCCAGUCUCCGUGAGCCUUUCCUGGACGGUGGUUCCUGCCGGCCGGUCGGUGCUAGUGGUGGCCAGGGGCAGUCAGUGGGCGCAAGCCAGAUGGGACGCCACCUUCCCCAUGCCGGGUCUGAAGCAGCAGCCCCCCACCCCCCAGGACCUGAUGGAUGUCUCCGUGAGCAACCUACCACCCUUAUGGCAACCCAGCCCCCGGAAAUCCUCCUGCUCAUCCUGUUCACAGAGUGGCUCCGCCGAUGGUGGCUCAACCAAUGGCUGCAACCAUGAGAGGGGUCCCCUGAAGCUCCUCUGUGACAAUAUGAAAUACCAGAUCCUUUCCAGAGCCUUCUGUGGAUGGCUUGCCUACUGCAGACACCUGUCCACUGUGAGGACCCACCUGUCAGCCCUGGUCAAUCACAUGAUCAUGUCUCCAGACUUGCCCUGUGAUGCCGGACAUGGGCUGACGGCCAGGAUCUGGGAGCAGUACCUUCAGGACAGCACAAGUUACGAGGAACAGGAGCUUCUAUGCCUCAUCUACUAUGGAGGCAUCCAGCCAGAGAUCCGCAAGGCCGUGUGGCCCUUCCUCCUGGGCCACUACCAGUUCGGGAUGACAGAAACAGAAAGGAAGGAGGUGGACGAGCAGAUUCACGCAUGCUACGCACAGACCAUGGCUGAAUGGCUGGGCUGUGAGGCCAUCGUGCGGCAGAGGGAGCGGGAAUCCCACGCGGCUGCCUUGGCUAAAUGCUCAUCAGGGGCCAGCCUGGACAGCCACCUGCACCGGAUGAUGCACCGGGACUCCACCAUCAGCAAUGAGUCCUCCCAGAGCUGCAGUUCAGGCCGCCAGCACGUCCGCCUGCAGAGUGACUCCAGCAGCAGCACACAGGUGUUUGAGUCUGUGGACGAAGUGGAGCAGGUGGAGGCAGAAGGCAGGUUGGAGGAGAGACAGCCCAAGAUCCCCAACGGGAACCUGGUGAAUGGCACCUGUUCCCCGGACUCCGGCCAUCCAUCAUCCCACAACUUCUCCUCAGGCCUCUCAGAGCCCUCGGAACCCAGCCUGAGCACAGAGGACGGUGUCAUGGACGCCCAGCGGAAUGCCCCUCUGGUGCUUCGACCUGGGGACAGCAGCAUGGAUGACGGGCAGAGCAGUGAGGCCACCACCUCCCGGGAUGAGGCCCCCCGCGAGGACCUGGCCAUGCAGGACAGCCUGGAGAGCGACCUCCUCGCCAACGAGAGCAUGGACGAGUUCAUGUCCCUCACUGGCAGCAUGGACGUGGCCCUGCCCGGAAAGGAGGGGGCCACGAUGGAGGGCUGGGGAGACAGUGAGGUGGGGAAGCACAGCCGUGUGGACAGUGAGGACAACCUCUCAGAGGAGUCUGAGAUGGAAAGUCUCUUCCCCGCCCUGGCCUCUCUGGCCGUGGCCACUUCUGCCAACAACGAGGCAUCCCCCGUGUCUUCCAGUGGUGUCACUUACUCUCCGGAGCUCCUGGACCUGUACACCGUCAACCUGCACCGCAUCAAGAAGGACGUGCAGCGCUGUGACCGCAACUACUGGUACUUCACGCCCGCCAACCUGGAAAAGCUGCGGAACGUCAUGUGCAGCUACAUCUGGCAGCACAUUGAGAUCGGCUAUGUCCAGGGCAUGUGUGACCUCCUGGCUCCACUGCUGGUCAUCCUGGAUGACGGUGUCCCUAAGGAGGAAAGGCGGUGGCCCCUUCCUGCCUUGAGUCACCAGGCUGUGGCUGAGGUCACCGUGGGAGCAACGGAAUAUGGAACCCAUGAAAGGGAAGACCUUUUCAUGGUAGAUGUGACGAUGUGGGAUGAUACGGAGGACCAGUCUGUGGCCAAGUUUCCUUGGCCUCUGGAACAACGGAAAUGAUGAUUGCCAUGAUGACAACUAAAUGGUCAAGAAUAUCUUCCAAGGCAGGUGACUCUGAAGACGGCUGACAGUGUCCAGCAGCAAAGCAUGGGAUCUCAGGUUUUCUCUGAAUGGGCCAAUCUCUCAAAAGUGAGAUCAUAACCAAAAUGGGGGACUGAGAAUUAAAGAUACAAAUGGACAGUGGCCUGGCCAUAUAUAAAAAUAGGACUCUGACAUGAGGUCUGCAGCAACCAGCCCAGGAAAUCAACCUAUUGUCUACAGUUUCGUCAUAUUACCUAGAAGUCAGAUGUGUAGAUGUCAGACCGCUCUCUCGAGCAAACAGCCCUGGAAGCUAAAUAAUAACCUCUGUAAUGAUUGGCCCCAGAUGGCCAGGACUUGAUUGUAACUGGGAGUACCCCUGAAUUUGUUCCUAUUGCAACUUAAGACCAGCAGAUAAAACCACAGAUGCACCCCUAA